AUGAGGUGUGUUUUAGAUGGUAUAAGCGAAGACACUUCUAAGAUCUUUAUGUCGAUAAAACAUUCAAAGCUUCAGUUAGCAAUUCUUUCGUUAUAUAAAGAGUUCCUUCGGGCAGGCAAACGAGGUCCACCUGGCUUGCAAGAAUACGUAAGGAUGAGGUUCCGCGAAGGGGCAGUCAAGUACAAAAGAAGUGACGUUUUCAUGAUAGAAUACGAACUACGGAAAGCGAAUCGACAGCUUAAUGAAUUAAACAGCUCAUCCGUCACAGGAUUUCAGGUUUUCAGUCCACGUAAAAAGGACUAG